AUGGAAAGCGGUGAGCUUCAAUGCCAUCAAAUUUCGGACGAUUUCAAGAAUAAGCCUUGCGGGGACACGACAGAACUUCCCGCUGGACCGGUGCCAAAUGUUCAUGAAAAGAAACACGAAUUAAAGGGACAACAACUGCCAUUUGAAGUUAUUAAUGGAAUGCCGAUGUUUCAGAAUAACCACGUUAUUGCUAAUCGUUACCAGAUUUUUGAACGAAUUGGAUGGGACGAUCGGGUGGGAGCGACGUACUUAGCUAUCGCUCCCGACGGCAAAGAACUAGUCUUACGAAUAGGAAACGACCAGAUACUCAUUCCUCAGCUUGAAGCAUCAUUUCUGUGCAAGAUUGAGCAGCAAAACUUAUGGCGCUACUUCUCACAAGUGCACUCAAUCUACCAAGAAGAAAAAUUCUACUAUUUGGCGCUGUACUUUCGUAGUGGACCAAUACUACGUGAAUGCUUACAGUAUUCUGGAAAAAAGUUCACUCACGGGGAAAAAGGAAUGGAAGGUGUUCAAAUGGCGUCUGAAUCAGAUACACUUCUUCAGGACACAUCCAAAAUUGACACCCACAACCACGAGCUGGUAAUGCCACAUUGGUGUGGCGGUCUACUUUUUGCGCCUAUGACCUUCCACGAUGACGAUGCUAUCUCGUGCCGAGACGAACUAGAAGCUUGGCUCUACUUCUUCGUCUACCUCGUCAAAGGCACAGUGCCAUGGGAAAACGAUCGCGCCGAAGAUGUAAAAUGGACCAAGAUCAAAUCAAUUAAUUGUGGUGAUCUAUUCGAGGGAUUACCACAUCAGUACAAAAAAAUUCUGGACACUAUAACGAGAGAGGGUUCAUCAGACCCAGUAUCGAGCACCGAAUAUGACAGAUUGGAAGAGCUCACUAAAGAAAUUAUUCACGAUGUAGGCGGUAUAAAAGACGACGACGACAAUUUCGAUUUUGAGCGUGAUCCUACAGAGGAUGAAAUACCAAGGUAA